GGGUGGGGGUGGGGAAGGGGGUGGAAUGAGGCCGCUCUUGUAGCGGUGCGGCCUGGUUGGGCCUCCAGCGCGGGAGACUGACGGGAAGAUGCGGUGGGGUUCGGGGCCCGGCCGGGGAGGAGCGCCCAUGCAGUCUCCGCCGCCUCCGCUCCUGACGCUAUUGCUCUUAUUUCUCCGAGGGGCCUCCGGGAAGCCCUGCGCCCCGACUGCCGUGCCUUGUUCUUGCCGGCGAGGUCUGUUGGAUUGUAGCCGCUUCCGUGGGCCGGGCCGGAGCCUGGAACCGGGCCUGCUCUCGCCGUUGCCUCCCGGCAUCACCGCGCUAGACUUGAGUCAUAACUACUUUUCAUCUUCUAACUGGAGCAUUGAUUCAUCGUAUCACACACUGCAAGAAGUGAAAAUGAAUUACAAUAAGCUAACUGACAUUCCCUACUUUGGUGAAUUAACUUCAAAUAUCACACUUCUCUCACUAGUGCAUAAUACAAUACCAGAGAUAAUCCCUGAGCAGCUUCAGGUUUACGUUUCCUUGGAGAACCUUGACCUCAGCUCUAACCUCAUUUCUGAAAUCAAAGCCUCUUCGUUCCCACAGAUGCAACUAAAGUUCCUGAAUUUGAGCAACAACAGGAUAACAACUCUGGAAAUGGGCUGUCUUGAUAACUUAUCCAGUUCCUUAAUAGUUGUGAAGCUAAACAGAAACAGAAUAAGCACAAUUCCUUUGAAGACCAUGAGGCUGCCUCACAUGCAGCUGUUGGAACUCAAAAGAAACCGGAUUAAAGUAAUAGAGAGCCUUACUUUCCAAGGUUUGGAUUCCUUAAAGUCAUUAAAAAUGCAGCGUAAUGGGAUAAGCAGGCUAAUGGAUGGAGCCUUCUUUGGACUGGACACUAUCGAAGAACUAGAACUGGAACGUAAUAACCUGACAGAAGUAAAGAAGGGUUGGUUGUAUGGUUUGAGGACAUUACAACAGCUCUAUAUCAGCGAGAAUGCCAUUUAUAGGAUCAGCCCAGAUGCAUGGGAGUUCUGCCAAAGGCUUUCAGAACUAGAUCUAUCGUACAACCAGCUGACACGCCUAGAUGAGUCUGCUUUUGUUGGACUGAGUUUAUUAGAGAGAUUAAAUUUGAGCAACAACAAAGUCAGUCACAUCGCUGAUGGUGUCUUUAAGGGACUUUCAAACCUACAGACUUUAGACCUGCGAAAUAAUGAGAUUUCCUGGGCUAUAGAAGAUUCAAAUGAAGCAUUUGUAGGACUUGACAGACUCAAUAAAUUGAUUCUACAAGGAAAUCAGAUCAAGUCAGUUACAAAGAGAGCAUUUUCUGGUCUUCAAGCCCUUGAAUAUCUAGAUUUAAACAACAAUGCAAUAACAUCUAUUCAAGAAAAUGCUUUCCCCCAGCCUCCGCUUAAAGAGCUGGUGCUGAACACCAGCAGUUUACUGUGUGACUGCCAACUGAAAUGGCUGCUCCAAUGGCUUACCCACAACCAUUUGCAAGAUGCUGUCAGUGUCAGUUGUGCUCACCCUGAAUGGCUGGCUGGGCAGAGCAUCCUUAGCGUGAACUCUGAAGACUUCGUGUGUGAUGACUUUCCCAAGCCACAGAUCAGAGCACAUCCUGAGACUACGAUUGCACUAAGAGGCACCAACGUCACCCUGACUUGCAAGGCAGUGAGCAGCAGUGAUUCACCCAUGUCUGCCACCUGGAGGAAGGACAGUGAAAUAUUGUAUGAUGCAGACAUAGAAAAUUUUGUCAGGUACCAGCAACAAGAUGGUGACGUUCUGGAGUAUACUACUGUCCUGCAUGUUUUCAGUGUGAACUUCACUGAUGAAGGAAAAUACCAGUGUAUCAUCUCCAAUCAUUUUGGAUCCAAUUACUCCAACAAGGCCAAGUUGACUGUCAAUGAACUACCUUCUUUUUUGAAAACACCUAUGGAUCUAACCAUUCGGACCAGAGCCAUGGCUAAAUUAGAGUGUGCUGCAGAAGGUCAUCCCUCACCUCAGAUUUCCUGGCAGAAAGAUGGAGGCACAGACUUUCCUGCUGCUCGUGAAAGGCGUAUGCAUGUAAUGCCAGAGGAUGAUGUCUUCUUCAUAGUAAAUGUGAAAAUUGAAGACAUGGGGAUCUACAGCUGUAUGGCACAAAACGUUGCAGGAAGUCUGUCAGCAAACGCUACCUUGACAGUGUUAGAAACACCUUCAUUUGUCCGGCCUCUGGAAGACAGGACUGUGGCCCGAGGUGAAACAGUAGUGUUGCAGUGCAUUGCUGGUGGCAGCCCUGCCCCUCGCCUAAACUGGACCAAAGAUGAUGGCCCUCUGGCAGUUACUGAACGGCACUUCUUUGCUGCUGCCAAUCAACUCCUCAUCAUUGUAGAUGCUGGAUUAGAAGAUGCUGGGAAAUACACCUGCAUUAUAUCCAAUACACUUGGUACAGAGCGUGGUCAUAUCUUCCUGAAUGUCAUAGCUUCAUCAAACUGUGACUCUACCCCAAAUGUCAUUGGAAUGGAGGAAGAUGGCCGGACAACAGUUGGCAUUGUGAUUAUUGUGGUGGUCUGCUGUGUUGUGGGUACCUCUCUGGUAUGGGUUAUUGUUAUCUAUCACAUGAGAAAGAAAAGUGAAGACUACAGCAUCACUAACACAGAAGAGGUAAACUUGCCUGCUGAUAUUCCCAGUUACUUAUCCUCUCAGGGGACUUUGUCAGAACCACAAGAAGGCUACAGUAAUUCUGAGGCAGGAAGCAAUCAGCAGCUUAUGCCUCCCUCGAAUGGUUAUAUGCACAAAGGCACGGACGGUGGCACGGGACCACUGGUAAUUUGCUCAGAUUGUUAUGACAAUGCCAACAUCUACUCGAGGACCAGAGAAUAUUGCCCUUAUGCAUACAUCACUGAAGAUGACCCACUUGAUCAAACACUGUCCAGCUUAAUGGUGCAGAUGCCCAAAGAGCCCUAUCCAGCAUGCUCUCAGCACGAAGUCACUGCACUGGACGGUCUCUCCGCUGACAGAGACAUGUCUGUCCUUCUUACCAAUCAUGACAGAAUACAUGAGAGGAAACACUGCUCUCAGCCAUGCAACAGUGAUCCUUUUCAGCUGCCUUUAUGGGGCAUCAAUAAUAAAGAUCUGAGUUUGUCACAUCCUCAUUUCUCACCUCAACUAAAGACCCACGACGUGCCUCAAGUUCUGCGAAGCGAGGGCAUUGCAGAAAGUGACCAUGAGCAGGCUGUUUCUCCCAGACCUCAUCACAGGUUACAUGAACAUGACUUUGAUUUUAACAGGACUCGGAAUGUACUGGAACAUAAUGAAACUACAUAAAAAGGAUCAAAAUACGAAGCCUUACUAGCAAGCAUGGAACAUUCUAUAAUGUCUUCACCUACCUCAGGAUUUGCCCCAUGGCCAAAGAUGCUCCACUCUUACAAAAGAGGCAGAGACCCAGUAGCUGCCUGCUACAGGAAGUGUGCUACAGGCAAGUAAUGAUAGAGGCCCUUUCUGCCGUGUUCCACUAGGUGGCACAUGUUGGGGCUCAACAAUAAUCAUGACACAUUGAAUAGUGGACUGAAAAGAACAAAUAGUACACUAAUUGUGGAAAUGAUAUUGAAAGAUGCCUCUGUUACCUGGGAAGCAGCCCCACAAAAGCUUUACAGAUAUUCUUCCUGCUGAAAAAAGCAACUUCAGAACCCCUUUGCAAGUUCCCUCAGUAAUCAUAAGCAUGAAGGUCUUGAAUGACUUUAUGUAGUCCUUCUGACGGUUAGCAGGAAUUCAUAUCAGUGUGUCCAAUCACAAACUUUAUUUACCGUUCCUCUGUUCCAGUUGUAAAUACAUUUGCAUAAUAUAAAUAUUUUGUAUACACUACAAAAUGUAUAAAUGUCAGUCUGAAAUUUAAAUGUUGUAUUAUACCAAAAAUUACAUGCUGACUUAUCAUAAGAACACAAGAACAGCCCUGCUGGAUCAGGCCCAAGGCCUAUCUAGUCCAGCAUCCUGUUUCACAUAGUGACCCACCAGAUAUCCUUGAGAAGCUCACAGUCAAGAGCUGAGGGCACACCUUUUCUCUUGCUGCUGCUCCCCUGCAACUGGUAUUGAGAGGCAUCCUGCCUCUGAGGCUGGAGGUGGCCUAGAGGCACCAGACUAGUAGCCAGUGAUAGACCUGUCCUCCACGGAUUUGUCUAAGCUCCUUUAAGUCAUCCAAGCUAGUGACCAUUGCCACAUCUCGUGGCAAAUAAUUCUAUGGAUUGAUUAUGCACUGUGUGAAAAAGUACUUCCUUUUGUCAGUCCUAAAUUUCCUGGCCAUCAGUUCCAUGGGAUGACCCCUGGUUCUAGUCUUGUGAGAGAGGAAGAAAAAUUUCUUUCUGCCCUAUAAUGUCUCCGCGUAGUCACCUCUUUUCCCAACUAAGAAACUCCAAAUGCUGUAGCCUUGCCUCAUAAGGAAGGUGCUCCAGGCGUCUGAUCAUCUUGGUUGCACCUCUUCCAGUUCCAGUUCUUCAAUACAGUUCUGGUCACCAAGAUGUGGUGACCAGAACUGUACAUGGUACUCCAAAUGUGGCCUCACCAUACAUUUGUAUAAGGGCAUUAUAAUAUUAGCAUUUUUAUUUUCAAUCCUUUUCCUAAUUAUCUCUAGCAUGGAAUUGGCUUUUUCCACAACUGCCAUGCCCUGAGUCGACACUUUCAACUAGCAGUCCACCAUGACCAAGAUCUCUCUCACAAUCUGUUUUGGAUUUCACCUCCUUAAGGUUUUGAGUUCCAUUUGCAAAUCUGGCCACUAUGCUGCUUACUCCAACUUCUAGAUAAUUUAUGAAUAAGUUAAUGAGCACUAAUCCCAGAACAGAUCUCCGGGGGACCGCACUUCUUACCUGCCUCCUUUGUGAAAACUGUCCAUUUAUUCCUACUCUAUUUCCUGUCCUUCACCCAGUUACCAAACCACGAUUGAACCUGUCCCCUUACCCCAGGAUUUUCAUCCUAUAGUAGCCUCCUCCACAUUUAUAGUCUUAUGUAUAGUCAGAAACUGUUGAUGGAUGGAAAGACCUGUAAGGUGAGUUUCAUGUGAAUCUACCCUUAGGGUCUAAAGCAGGAUUAAAUAUCUGUGAUCAUGGGGUGUCACAUGGCUUAGGGAGUUUUGUGUGGCCUGUAGUUAUAGGUUCUUGUUGGAAUUCUGAGGCUACAAGCUGGCUGUUUGAGAGGUAAUUUGCUAUACUUCAUAGGUUUCUGGGAAAGAUUAACGUUGGCUGGAUUCUGAUAUAACGUGAAAUGAUGGUUUUAACUAAACAGUAGUUUGCAUUAUGUCUGAAUCCAAACCUGUUCACAAACCAUGGUUUUGUUUUGGGACUGACAAACCAGGAUCUGAAGCCAUGGUUUGAAGUUGGUUUGCAAAUCACAGUUUGUGCUAGCUGUGCUUCUGCAUUAUGAAUUCACAGGCCACUGAUAAGCCACAGUUAGGGCAAUUGCUCCACCUGCAUAGGCUGCUGCUCCAUGGAAACAGGAGUUGCUGCACCAUAGAGAUAGGAAUGCUCUUAUGCAACUUUGUCCUGAGCAGAUUGGAAACAAAAGCAGACAAGCAGCUCUAAACCACAGUUUUGCUUGUUGUACAUCUGGAAGCUCAAACUAUGGUUUGGGUGUGAUUUAUAGUCUUAUGUGAUUUGCCAAUCAAUAGUUUUAUGUCUGAACUCAACUGUUCUUAAGGUCAAAGCUGUCCUUCAAGACAACUCUGUGCCCUUAAGGUCAAGGCUCAAGACUAGAAGGCAGGUGAAGAUCCCUACAUGCAUUACUUGUAUGGGUGAAUGAGUAAUCACAAGUCAAAGAUCAGAUAGAACUUUCAUAACUCAUGCUUGUGUGAACUGAUCCUAUGAAUUAAUGAGCUGAACACCUGAUGUUAGCCACAGAAGAAUUAUGUCAUCCCAGUUGACAGGAGGAGUGGAAAGUAAUUUGUUAUUCUUCCUAAUAUGUCAUUGCAACCCAAAAUGAAAUAUCUCUUGUUGCACAUGAUCAAAGCCAAGAUGAUUAUAUGGAGAAAUGGCUGGUAAAGGAAGAUUAUCUCAGGGUAAAGAAUGGCUGCACUAUUAGUUAUUGGUGAUCUUUCCUGCUGAGACACUUCAGGGUUCUGAACUGUAGCUUUAAGACACUUCGGAAGCUGUAAAUAUUGCAUCCUAGGCAAUUAGAUUAGCCAUAGCCUGGCUUCAGCUACGGUCAAGCAAAAUAUGUGAAAAUUAACUAUAUGUGCAAAUAGGCCACAGCUUGAAUUCUGUGCAGGGGGGGAAAGGGGCUUAAUAAUCUUUUCACAUGGUCCAGUAAAAGACAAUUGAAUGUCUCAUUUUAUGCUAGAAAGAUGUGGAGAUGAAGGGCCUGCUAAGGAAAUUGUGGUCACAGGUAUUUGAACUAAUGUUCAUACUGCUCACUGUGAAUUGGGCUUGGCUAGUUUUUAUUAGGCUUGGCAGGCUUCCUUUAAGAGGUUGGAAUUGUGGUAUUAUCAUGUGGCUGUAUGUGUCCUGUUAAAUGAAGCAGAAGGUUCUGACUUGAAACUGGUACUCUUAGGACUCCUCAGCCUCCCAGUGGACUUGACCCAGUUACAGGGAGCAGCCAGCCAGGUACCUAGCCAUACCAAUGCAGAUUCCCUAUGUGGGUUCCCCUUACCACUUUUUGCAGUAGCAAUAGAAGAUAUCAAUUCACAUGCUACUUAUUCCUGCUUGGUACAUAUGCCCUGUAUUACAGGGCUUUUCUAAAGAGGAUAUCUUCAAGAGUGUCUGAAACUUCCAAAGCUGUCAAAGUGUCAUCCCCAAGAACCCCAAACGCCUCUUCCUGGGUCAGGAAGGGGUUGGUUAUUUCUUUCAACUUUGUAAGGUGUUUGCUUCAAAGCACUGAAAAAUGUGAUCAGUAUCUGAAUAUUGCUGCUCAUAACUUCCCCUUCUUGCUGCUUAUUGCCUUAUUGUUGUGACAGUCCAUAUCUGAUCUAUAGUAACAAAAGUAAAAAUGCUGAAUAUGCAGUGUGGUGUGCGGGGAGGAAGACAACCUUUCUAUCGCCACUUUAUUUCAAUCUUGCAUGUCAGGAAUAUGAUCUUAAGCUGGUAAAGCUGGUCAGGAAAAGAAUCUGCUAUUUAUGGAUCCUAUGAUGAAAUGCUAGGUGCUUUAAAAGAUAUGAGUGGGGCAGUAACUAAAACUGUCUUGGUCUGCUUCACAUCUUUUGUGGGGAGGGCAACUGUGGCAUUAAGUCUUUUGUAAUCUAAGUGAAAACUGUGUUAUGUCACUCUGUGGUUAAAAUUUUGCAUCAAGAGAGGACUCUGCUGCUACGGUAUCUCAUGUUGCUAUUCUGCAUGUUCAGCGAUACAUGUCUCCAGGACAGUUGAAGCACUUCUCUUCUACCUGAUGUAAAGCUGUUCCAGUAAAUUAGCACUUAAGGCUUUUUUCCACCGCCAAGCUAAAGAGAGCUUCAGUUCUGCCCAUGGAAAAUCCAUUAUGAAGAGUACUAGCCUCUGUACUAAAAAUCAGUAAAGUGUGCAAGGGCAGGACCUCAUUCCUAAUCUGCAUGCACUUUUGGAGUUAACUUUGCCAGGAUGCACCCAUUGCAUAAAUUGUGGUAUCAAAGCACUCACAUUAGAAACUCAAAAGCAUAACUGCAAAGAGAAAUUUGCCAGUCCAAAAAAUGUUUAUUGCUUUUUCACUUCAGCGCACUGCUGUAGUUACAAGAUCUCCCUGUGAGCUAGUAAUACAGAUCUGAAGAAAGGGUUCAGCAAAUAAGGCUGGAGUUUUGGGUAGAGUGGGGAGCUGAGGAUAUUUGUGUGCAUAAAGAACUGCAGGAGGGCUGAGUUGCAGAGGAAAACAUUUCAGAAUUAUGAAGUGUCUCUUAAGAUGUGUUGAACAAGUUGGAAUCCUCCUUGACUUCAUAGGUGAAUACCUUCUCCCAUUUUAAACACAGAGGCUCUGUAAGGGAUUUUGGGAUUGGAAAAAGCGCACUUAAUUUUGGAACUUCACCUGUUUCCCCAGGAAUCUGUGCAAGGAGGAAAGUUAUUUCACAAAUACUUGCUCACCUUUUUUGCAAAUGCCAAAGUAAUUAUAACUGGACAUUUAUAAGGCAGUGCAAACCAAUGGCUUCUUGCUUGCAGCUGUCCUUUCCUUGUAUCUAUUUAUAUUUUAUCACUUAUCAGAAUGUAUAUUUUGUAUAGCAUGUGUAAUAUGUUGGUCUAUUGUAAUAUGCCUUCAAUAAAAUGACACAAUGAGCA